GCACAUGGGCGCGCGGCCGGUGCGCGCGGCGCAGAGCGGGCGGCGGGAGCUGCGGUGGGGCCGGAGCCGGAUUUGCGCGGCCCAGCGGCCUCUCCCGCUCCCCUGCUCCGGCGGCUUCCGGGCGCCCCUCGCCAGCGGCGCUCGGUUCGGCUCUGUGCCCGUUUCACCGCGCUUCGUAAAAGCGCCGCGAAAGGAAGGAACCGCUGCCCCGCAGCUGCCCUGAGGGGAAGCUCACCAUGUCGCGACCGCUCCCGCUGAACCCCACCUUCCUACCUCCCACCUACGGCGUGCUGAAGUCCCUGCUGGAAAACCCGCUCAAGCUGCCGCUAGCUCACGAAGACGCAUUCGGUAAAGAAAAAGACAAAGAGAAGAAAUUAGAUGAUGACAGCACCAGUACCACAGUCCCUCAGUCAGCUUUCUUGGGUCCAACAUUAUGGGACAAGACACUGCCAUACGAUGGAGACACUUUCCAGUUGGAAUACAUGGACCUGGAAGAAUUCCUCUCAGAAAAUGGCAUUCCACCCAGCCCAAACCAGCACGAGCAUAGCCCACACCAGUCAGGUCUCCAGCAAGCUACCUCAGCAUCACCUUCUGUCAUGGACCUCAGCAGCAGGGCUUCUACUUCAGUCCAUCCAGGCAUGGUGUCUCAGAACUGCAUGCAGAGCCCAGUCAGACCAGGUCAGAUCUUGCCAGCAAACCGAAACACACCGAGCCCCAUUGAUCCUGAGACUAUCCAAGUUCCUGUUGGCUAUGAACCUGACCCUGCAGAUCUGGCUCUUUCCAGCAUUCCUGGCCAGGAGAUGUUUGACCCUCGGAAGCGUAAAUUCUCUGAAGAAGAGCUGAAACCACAGCCAAUGAUUAAGAAAGCUCGUAAAGUCUUCAUCCCAGAUGACCUGAAGGAUGACAAAUACUGGGCAAGGCGUAGAAAGAACAACAUGGCUGCCAAGCGCUCCCGGGACGCGCGGCGGCUGAAGGAAAACCAGAUCGCCAUCCGUGCAUCCUUCCUGGAGAAGGAGAACUCGGCUCUGCGCCAGGAGGUGGCUGACCUGAGGAAGGAGCUGGGCAAGUGCAAGAACGUCCUGGCCAAGUACGAAGCUCGACACGGCCCCCUGUAAAUCCAAGUCAAGGGGGGGAACGGGGUUUGGUUUUUGUUGUUUUUCUUUUUUCUUCUUUUUUUUUCUUUCUUUUUUUGUCUCGUUUCGUUUUUCGUUGCGGGUUGGCAUUUGACUAGAUGGACAAUGUGUUUCCUGUUUGAUAGCACCACACCCAAACCAACCUUUUCUGUCUUCAGCACUUUACCAGAAGCAGAAACAAAACUGACUUACAGGUUUUUUUGUGUGCGUGUAGCUGCGUGUGUGUGUGUGCACGUGCGUUCACAUGUGUGUCUGUGCUUCUGUGUGUGUGUGCAUCUGAGCACUUCCCAUUUUUAUGAAGCCCUCUUCAAAGGGUGCCACAUUUUUACCUGGACUGUUGAGAACCGCCAUAGUAAGCUUUUUAUUAUAUUUCCUCAGUGCUGCUUCAGAGUAGGAUUUUUUUUUUUAUGUUAUUGUAACCAGUUCCAUCCUCCUGAUUUACUUGGAAAGAUCCCAGUAUAAAUUAUAUUAAAAAAAAAAAAAGAAAAAAAAAAAGAAAAAAAGGAAAAUGAAAAAAAAAAAGUAGAUCUCAUUUUUUUCGAGAGUAACAAGCUAUUGUUUAAGUAUGUCUAAUCAGAGAAGUUAACAUGCUAAUAAAGUGCACAAAUAAUAAUUUAGUGCUACACUGCAGAAAUAUUAAUUUAUAGAUCGCUUUUGUUGUAUUUUUAAGUUUUGGUGAUAAUUGUCUUCAGAUUUUAAAAGUGCUGUUAGACUGAGUUAGCUGUACUCAUUAUAGAUCCCAUGAUGGCUUCUCUGUAGCUAUUAAGGUUCCUUUUCUCUCCACAGACCCCAGGUAGGUAGCAGUACUCUUGGUAGAGCACAGAGUGUGUAUCUUGCACUGUCUGUACCUGAAGCAAUAAUCCUGUUGUACGCUAGCGCAUGCAGCCCGGAUGUUCCCAGUGGAUGUAGGAUGGUUUCCCUACCCAACAGGAGUUUUAGUGUCUUUAACAAAAAAGUUUAAAAUAGAAGCCACGCUACCAUGAGCAUGCUCAUUGUAUCCCUGCCACAGGGAGCGCAUGUAUAAGCAGCAGGAUAAUUACUGAAACGAGGACAAAAUUCACAGUAUCAAACCAGAUCCGACGUCGCAAUCAGAGGGGCUUUUCUCUUUUCAGUAAGUUAUGCAUUUCUUCAAGUUCCAUUUUGUGAUUGAAAUUUAAAUAAAUACCUAAAUUCAGUUGGGUUUUUUUUUUCCAUGUUGUGUAAUAUAUUUUUUGUGGAUUAUAUCUUGCUGUUCUAAAAAAAAAAAAAAAUCACUUUUAUUCAGUUAGAAGAGGUCACCAGUUUGCAAAGCCCAUAUUUCCUAGUGAUUGUUGUUUUGAGUGUGACAUGAACUGAUGGUUCUGAACUUUAUUGUUUUAAACUCUGUUUGCUUUUGAACACAUAUGUUGUAAUAUAAAGUGGACUUCUGAAAAAUGAAUGUAAGAGACACUGGUGUAUUUCAGGAGGGGAUGGUGUUGUCAUAUACUGUGGUUAAUCCAAUCAAUCUAAGUGUUUACUAUAGACCAAAAGAAUAGAUAUUAUAAAAUGUAUAAAGUUUAUACAGAAUAAUAGUAAUAUGUUCAUUUUGUACAGUAUUUUUCAAGUACAAAUACUGACAAUGUAUUUUGAAAGACAUAUAUAUAUAGCAAAAAGAAAAAGCUAUUCCAUGUUCAAAAUAUAUAGCAAAGAUAUAUAUUCUCCAUUACUGUACAGAGAGGAAAUGCUUAGGGGUUUGUUGGAUGUUGGUUUUUUAAAAAAAUCUUUAAUAUUUUAAGCCUACCACUGGCAUGUUCUGUGCUUUAAAUUAAAUUUUUAUGGAAGUAAUAUGGCUUCCCAUGAUGUUGCAUAUUACUGAAAAAGAGAGACUUUGCUAUUGAGAAACACAAAAAGAAACUGUUCAGUAGCAACAAAGCACAACAUGGAUUUUAGUCAGCUCUUGAUUGGACAAUAUAAUAUUUUGUAAAGGCAGAAAAAUAAUAUAUAACAAAAAUACUCGGUCAUUUCUAAUCUGCUGCUGCUGCUAGAAUCUGUCUCCAGCUGAAUUGCUGAAUUAUUAUUUUUUUUUUAUAAAUAGCUCUGUUCAUGUAUACACGUGUACGUACUGCAUACAGUUAUUGAUGUGAGGAAAAUAUGGUGCUACAUGUCUUGCUCACAGCUUUCUCAGUGUUUCAACAUUAUUUUCAAAUAAGUUCAUUCCACUAAAUCAUUAUUCAUGCUUCAGGAGAUUGUUACAAAGGACUCAGCAUUUUGUGCAGCAUUAAAACAACCCUCACAUCAAUGGGUAUUUUUCCCAGUAUUUUUCCUCAAACAAACCAUAUUCCGAGUGUCCCUGAACAUGCAGUACUUGCCUGUGGACCAUUUAUUCAGAAAGCUGAAUUUCCCUGUGCUACAGCAAGGUUUAAAGCACAGGGAAGUUAUUUUCCAAAGGUCAGGAGAAGCCACUGGUGGAGAAAGCAGCCUGACAGUGUUGGGCACAAGCCAGCCUGCCUAUGGCCACUAGGAAAUAAGCUGCUCACCCUUUUCCUUUGGGCUCAUUCAGCUGCUGCUGCACCUACGCUGUCAGCAGCAAGGCAGCAAAUUGCAAGAACUUUGUAAUUGCCCUCAGGAGGAGAAUUCUUGGGGUGACACCUGGGGAGCAGGAGCUCAGGUGGUGCUUACCCAGCUACAGCCAUUGCCGGGCUGUGUUGUGACCACAGAACUGUCUUAAAAAUGUAAAAGGCAGCUUGGAAAAAAAAAAUAAUUCUUUUGGACAGGGAAAGGUUGGGAGAUGGUCAUUUUUGUAGGCUGGAUAUCACAGAUUUAUUGGUGGCCACAGAAGAGCACAGAGGUUCCCAGCAGCUGCCCCAAGGCAGCUCAGCUGCCUCCUGGCCCCAUCCCGCUGGGUGGGAGGGCAGAGGGCAAAGGUUCAGCCUGGGGCAUCUUUAGGAUGAGGGGUUUGGAGGAGCCUGUGGGAAACACCACAUAACCUCCUCUGGAAAGCACAACCUGAAAAAAAAGAAAAAAACCAAAAAAGGUAAAAUAAUGUGUGGGCUAAAUAGGUCCUGUAGCCAGGCUGUCUCCUCUAAGUGACAAUAAAAAAUAAAUCUAUGAAAGUUUUAGCUCAUUUGAAGUUCCCAAGGACAGCUUAGCUGGGCUCAUUACACCUCUGGUGGCUUUGUUGCUCACAAAAAGAGCUUGUAGGUAUAUGAAAUUAUAAUUUUAUAAAAAUAGAAAUAUAAGUAUUUGCAUAAUAAUUAAUAGUAUGUCUAAAUAAUCCACUGACCUUUAUUAAACCAUAAGCAUUGGUAAAAUGCUUGUCUUUUUUUGUUUUUAAUGAAACUUAGAAGUGAUUUUUUUUUCUUUUUAAAAAAGAAUGCCCUCUAAAAAUAAACUGAAUUUGAGAUGUAUUUGAGCACCUUGGGGCUCUCCAUGAGAAAGCCCAUAGCAGAGGGGAAUAAUUUUUUUUUCUUUUUUUUGAGUGGUGCUCAAGUCACUAAACCUGGCACCAUGGAGAUAAAGUUCUGACUUGAAUCCACAAAAGCAAGAAAUUCAAAAUGCAAGGAAGGCUUCUGAGGAAUCAACUGCAGGUGGGAUGAGGUCAGUUGUGCUCAAGGACCCCCCUAACAUUUGAAUAUCUUUCCUCUGUGGAUUUGUAAUAAUUCCAAUUACUGCUUUAAAACUAUUUUUGCAAGUAAUUUACACUAGAUGAGCAGUUUAAUUUUAUUUUUUUGACUUUUUUUAUGGGGAAAAACAAUGUAUUAAAACUUACAAGUGAUCAACCAUCGUAUUUCUGGCAACACCACAAGACAGCAUCUGUUAACAUACAAGUUAAACAAAUGAGAUCAAAUUAACUGUAUGACAUGAAAUGGAAUGCAUCCUGUAUGCUGUUCAGCCCAAAUAUUAUUUUUUUUUUUGUUGGUCUGUUAUUCUUAAUGUUUAAUAAACUUUGAAAUUUUUCUUCUCUCA